AAUGGCGGACGCUGCUCCAGCUGCUCGUGGUGGUUUUCGAGGUGGAUUCGGUAAUCGUGGAGGUGCAGGAGAUCGUGGAGGUCGUGGUGGUCGGGGGGGCCGUGGUCGUGGUCGAGGACGUGGUCGUGGACGUGGAAAGGAGGACCAGAAGGAGUGGAUCCCAGUGACCAAGUUGGGACGCCUCGUUAGGGAUGGCAAAAUUCGCUCUCUCGAGGACAUCUACCUGUUCUCCCUCCCCAUCAAAGAGUACGAGAUUAUUGAUCAGUUCAUUGGACCAUCCCUGAAGGACGAGGUCCUCAAGAUCAUGCCUGUCCAGAAACAAACUCGUGCUGGUCAGCGUACCCGUUUCAAGGCAUUCGUAGCCAUUGGAGACAGCAAUGGACACAUCGGUCUGGGUGUCAAGUGCUCGAAGGAAGUAGCUACUGCCAUUCGUGGUGCCAUAAUCCUCGCAAAAUUAUCAGUUGUUCCCGUUCGUCGUGGAUACUGGGGAAACAAAAUUGGUAAGCCACACACUGUUCCCUGCAAAGUAACAGGCAAAUGUGGAUCAGUCCAGGUACGAUUGAUCCCAGCACCCAGGGGGACUGGCAUCGUCUCAGCCCCUGUCCCCAAGAAGCUCCUCCAAAUGGCUGGUAUUGAGGACUGCUACACCUCAGCACGUGGAUCAACCUGCACCCUUGGAAAUUUCGCCAAAGCCACCUACGCUGGCAUUGCCAAGACUUACGCUUACCUCACACCUGAUCUGUGGAAGGACAUGCCACUCUCCGAAGCUCCUUACCAGGAACACGCCGACUGGCUGUCCAAGAACCAUCGACCUGUUGCUGCUGGUCAGCGAACUACUGAGACUGCAUAAUGAGUUUCAAUAAAUUAACUAAUGAACAUUAUUCCUUGUUACUUAUCAAAUUUUUUUAUUAUUAGAAUUUGUAUAUUCAUUUUUAUUUUAUUUCUUUUAAUUUCAAAAUUUUUUGUUUAUAUUUUCAUGAUUAGCGAAGUUUCAAAGUGAAAUAAGUGGAUUUAACUAGAAUAGAAAUUUGAAGUGGAAAUGUCAAAGGACUUUUUUCUCACUGGUUGAAUGUCACCUGUCAUAUUUCCUGUUAACUUCAAUAAUUUUUGGAUAAAUCGAUGAUAAAAAGAAAAUCUUUUGA